GAGCGCGGGAAGUGAUAUUACCUCAGUUUCCACAACCCAAUUUGUCUUUGCAAAGCAAAACCAAGUAAAAAUUAAUUAAUUGUGUUCCAUUUGUGUUGCAAAUAAUUCGAACAGGCCAAAAAAAAACAAGAAGAUAAUAACAAACGAUACGAUUAGUUGCAAGGCGCAAGCCACGGGGUAGCAGUUUGUGUUUGUGCGUGUAUGUGUGGUACAGUUGGGUAGAAAAACAUUGCUGGCCUGGCAGCGCCGCACAAAUUGAUGAGUUCCACAGCAGAGGUAAAGGCAACGCAAGCGAACCAAAGAACCGAACAACUCUCAACAAAACAAGGUUGCAUUUUGUUAUUGCUGCUUACACUGCUUACGAGUACAACAGGCAUAAUAAUUAAAACAGCAAAUCAGUGCAAAAUUAAAUGAAUGGCGUUGCCAAUUUGCUGAUAUUAUUCGCAAACAGGGACGUAUCUUAAAACGCAAUCGAACCAAGUGCAGUGAAAGUGUGCAAAACAUAAUUCACAAAGAAGUUUAUAAAAAGCAAAAACCUGAAAAUGUAAAAUUGCACAUAUGAAAGAUGCCAGCUGGAAAAAAAGCGGAAGCUGUGGAAGGAAAGACUCGACCGUGCAUAGUAUACGUUAAAAAUUUAAAGGAAUCUGAGACCACCGAAAGAAUCAACACGGCAAAACACAUGAAAGCAGCGCGCAUCACUGCACCCAAAAUUGCGUCCACUAGGCGAACACAAAACGAUAAGGAACAUCAGCUGGAGCAGCAGCGGCUGGACCUCAAACUGAAGCUGGAACGUGAGACAACGCGAGCGACGACGCGUCUCACACGCCGAGCCACUACUAUUUCAGACGUCCAACGUUUGCCGCCGGCGCACAAUAAACAGCAGCAGCAGAACAAUAACAACAACAACAGCAGCAUCGUCGUCACUACUCCAAUUGCGACACGCACUCGCAACGCAAAAGGCGACAACAAUCCUCCCCCCUCCACAGUAUCAAAGUCAACACAGCAGCAGCAACAGGCCAAAAUUGUGGCGGAAACUCCUCCAUUGAAUAAGCGUCGCAAUACAGCGUUAAUCGUGCCAGAGACAAGGACGUGCAAUACAACGUUUAUCAAGCGGCGACAACAGGACAUCAACGUUACUGAACCGGCGACAAAGUCCAAAAUGUACAAACAGUUGAAAGCAGUGGCAACAACAACUCCUGCUGCUGCAACGCCGCCACCAACAAUUGCGGCAAGUCGAUCGCGUCGCUCGAUCAAACCGAAUCCGAAAUACGCCAGCGAUGAUAUGGUCACGCCCAAGUAUGUGGCCGCCUUGUCACAGGAGAGUUCCAACAAGCGGACAGUGAAACAUCUAUUCGCCGAUGAUGAUGAGGACGACGAUAAUGAUAAUGACGACGAUGAGGAUGAGGAUAUGCGUGACCUAAUCGAGGAGGAUAACGAUGAUGAGCUCAACGAUGUGGCAUUCAAUCCACAACUGCACAAGUCCGAAGACGAUGAUGACAUCAGCGAUAAUGAGUUUGAGCAGCAGCUAAUACGUGAAAAGGUGCCACCAAAACGUGGACGUGGUCGUCCACCAAAAUCGGCAAAUGCUGCACUCACCAGCGGUGCAUCUAACGCAUCCCAGGCGAGAAAUGCUCAAGCCACCGGACGUGGCGUCAAUCAAACGGGACGUGGUGGUGGUGCUGCUGGUGUUGGCAUUACACAUUUGCAACAGAUGCGUCGCAACAUGAACAUGGCAGGAGCAGCCGCUGGCAGUCCGGCACGCUCCUCCGCCGCCGCUCACAUUAAGGUAAUGCCAACUGUGGGCAGCAAGCGUAAGCUCGAUGAUGCCAACGAUGCGGUCAUUGCACGCAAACGCGUCGCCAGCAUUGCUGUUACUCGCUCCAUAGCGCCCAGCAUCAAUGGCCAAGGGGCCAAAACAACAACAACUGGUCUGACCAAACCGAAGAUGACGGUGGGCGGCAACAGCAAUAGCAGCACGGGUGGAUUGCGCAUACAGCAGACGACAGCAGGUGCUGGCAAGGAGCGUCAGACGUCGCAUUAUAAGCAACAGUAUACACAACUGAUUCGGCGUUCGCCGGACGCAGUGGGUCGAUCGUCGGGCUCCGCCGCCAAUGCCCUCAAAAUGCAAAAGGCAAAUGAGAGUGAUGAUGUGCCCACUUUCACAAUUGUCAAUAUUGAGGACAUUAUCAAUCAGGUCGAUGUGCAAAUUUCGCGAUCCUCCUCCGCAACCAACAACAAUACCAACAAGACGAAGAAAAUGGUGCAGUCAGCUGCACGCAACAACAACAACAACAGCAGCAGCAGCAGCUCACGCAAGAAUCAAUCCUCCCAGCAGCAAUCUACGCACACAACAGCAAUAGGUAGCCGGAAUAGCAAUACCAUGCAGAGUAAUAAUUUAACAACAAAUCGAAGAUCAACAAAAGCGGCAUCAACAGCAGCAAACGCAACAGCAGCAGCAGCAACAACAGCAACAUCAUCAUCAUUAUCAACAGGAGGAGGAGGUGGUGGGGCUACAAAGCAACAAUUGUUGGUUAAUCAUCAUCGCAGCAAGCAGACGCCACUGAUGGUUGCCGUGGGUCAAACAAAGCCACGCCCACGCAUCUUAAAUGCCGAAAUUGGCAAGAAAAUGCAACCGAUGACAAAGCCACUGAUGAGCAUGGGCAAGGAGUUGUGCCCGGCAACCGAUGGCAAUGAUAGCGACGACGACGACGACGAUGAUGAUGAUGCAGAUGAUGAUGAUGAUGAGCAGGAGGAUAUUAACAAUGAACUGGCCGAGGAUGACAUAACCAUAUCACCACCAAAACAAGCACCACAACAACAAUCAUCGAGCACAACUCAGACGCGGAUGGUGCGUCGUGUGCAGAAUACAAAAUUGUUGACCAAUCGCCGGAAUGUGUUGUCGGCUGCAACAACAAUGAAUGCCAGCAAUAAUCAAAGGCAACACCAACAGCAGGAGCAGCAACAUCACCAGCGACAGCAACAACAGCAACAUAAACAACAACAACAGCAAAAGGAGCUUAGUACGGAACGUAAACUGACCAAGCUGUUGGGCGAUAACAGCGAUGAUGAUGUCUUUAAGAAGCCGGCGAGUUUGUCCAGCUCAAUGUCGCAGCAGCAACAGCGUCGGUACAAGGAGAAUGCCGGCGAGGAUGCAGCAGCCGCAGCAGCAGCAGGAGCAACAUCGGCUGCAACAUCAUCGGCCGCUGAGCCCGUCACCGCCGCCGCCGCUGCUGUGUCGAAAAAUUCGAAAUAUUUUCCACCCGAGACAAUUACAUACUGUAAGGAGGAUGGACGCAUUGUGAAGAAGAUAACAUGCUAUGAGACCUGGCAUGUGAUUGGCACACCCAAAGAGUCAGCAAAUAAGUCACGCCAGCAAAGCACCUGCCUCGAUCUGCCGCUGGUUAGACUGGCCAAUUUUGCGCCACGCAUCAAGGUGCCAUCGACGAAAUGGACGAGUAAAGUGACACUAUAUAAGCUGCCACAAUCGCUGAUACAGCGCCAACCAACGAUGGCCACAUUCACCGGUGAUCUAAAGACCUUUAAUAUACCCGAAGAGGAGCGACACAAAUAUCAGCCCUCGUGUGUACUCUUCCGUCGAUCCGUGAUCGAUCGCACCAAAUGCCGUGUGCCCUUCGAUCGUGCCAUCAUAUUCAAGAACAAAUGCUUCUACACAAACAUUGAGGGCAAGCAUGUCAAUCUGUUGGGUGCACCCGAGGUGGUCAACACUGUCAAGGAUGUUGAGUUGCUCAUCGAUAUCGUUGAUUCCCUCUCGCUGGCCAGCGAUCUCGUUGAAGUCGUCCCCUCCAAUUAGGCCAACGGUUCACUUCUCCUCGAGGUUGGAUGUGUCGGCUUUUUUUUUCUUAUGGGGAGAUUGUGGUUGUGGAUGCAAUGUGUGACGAUUAUACAUAUAUAUUGAACACACACAUACAUGAGUGCAUGUUUGUCUGAACCGGGACACACAUACAUAUAAUACAUAAUUAAUACAA